AUGAGGCAUCGUGAUACCCAAUUCCUUAUUAUACUUAUAGAUCCUUACACUAUCUGCAAGCUCCGUUUCUCUUCCUGUUAUGCUAAUAGGUCUUACCAGAAGGUGAUCGAGCAAGACAGACACCUUUUGCGACGGAAGCUCGCUACCACCCAAGCCGAGUGGGAGACCCGGCUGGUCGAGCUGCAGGCGGACAUCCGGGAACUGCAGCGGAGGCUGGGCGACAGAGAGGCCACCAUGAGGCAGGCCGAGAAGGAAAAGAACGCCCUCAUCCUGGAGCUGACGGAGCAAAACCAGCGACUCACGGCGCAGAUAAAAGAGUCGUCUAAGAUCGAGGAACAGCUUACCCUUCAGCUCCAGACAGUUCGGGAACAGGCCAUCAAGAGGAAAACCAGCCUCCAGGAUCACCAAUCCAGCCUCGACGUUCUCCGUGAUGAGAUCGAUUUCAUGACGGAGAAGAAGAACGAGCUGGAGCGACGACUGGCCGCCGUGAGCCAGCAGAGGGACUCUCUCAGCGCCGCUCUUGAGGAAGCCACCGACAGGAUCAUGCUUCUGGAGAAGCAGAUGAGGGAACAGCAGUUGCAGAUGCGGGUCUCCCACAGUGAACUGGAAGAGCUGCGGAGUGCCAAUGGUAUGCUGGGAGAGAGACUUUUCACCUAUGGCCACAUCAGUGGCCAGCGUUCCCUCCACAGUGAGAUGGAAUGUGAUGACAGCCACCUACCGACCGGUGAUGAUUUGCACCAAAUAAAAGUGGAAAUCGUUUCUGUCUAUGACAGAGUACGUGCUGUCUGCCACAGUCUGAGGCAGCGAAGCCAACAGUCCAUGGAAACUGGUGUUCGGCCUGACAUUACUAUCCAUCAAGUCAAGGUUGGGCUGCUGACAGCAGUGAUUGAAGAACUGUGCGACCUGAUCGCAGACAACCAAGGCGACUUCUCAACCAGCAGUGUCUCAGUGACUGACCUUGAAAUUGAGCUCCACAGGGCUCAGGAAUCCCUUGACAGGAUGGCUAAAGAAUUGGAAGCCAAAUCUGAAGAGUUGAAGCGUCGAGGUGAGACCAUCAUGGAGCUGACCAGCAAACUCAGUGUCAGAGAGGUUGAGCUUGAAGGAGUUAAAGAGGAGAGGGACCAGGCCAAGAGUGACUUGGAAAAUGGCGGGUCAAAGGAUGAACUUGUGAGACAAGCUUGGGAGGUGCGAGACCGUGCAGUGGCCCGUAAAAACGUAACCCAAGUGGAAUUGGCCAAGUCGCGUAUCGAUGUCAUGCAAGCUAAUAGCCAGCUGAUGGAAGCCAUCCAGCAGAAGGUGGAACUCUCCCAGCAGCUGGAACAGUGGCAGAUGGAUGUCCAAGCCCUGCUAGAUGAACAGAUGAAGAGGAAGCUUAACAACCCCGAACAAGGCAGUGGCCAGAGCACCCCAUCUUCAGCUGACAAGAAAAGAUCAUCUGCAGGAAGGAGGCUUUUUGGCCUGUUUCAGCGGUGAUAAGGAAGAUUAAACUUCUAGUUUUAGCCUUGAUACCCACUGUGUGAUAUGAAUUGUUCUACUAUCAAUAACAAUACCAAAUAUAUUCUCAAUAAAACUGUAUAUUUUUCUUUACAAAUUUAUUAAUGUUUAUAGCUAGAGAAAUGAACAUAUAAAUGGUAUUUAAAUAUAAUAACAUUAUAUCCCAAUGUAUGAUAUAUUUUGUAUUAUAAACAAAUUAGUAAUCACACAUGUGCCUAAAUUGAAAUUUUGUUGUACUUAACAAUCUAGUGAUUAAUUGAUAACAUUACCUAGAAUCUAGAUUGUAAACAUUAAUUGUUCCUUGGCACUUAUCUACUUAGGAUAAAUAAAUCUACUAUAAUUUUCCUGUCAAUGCAGUAUUUAUUUUAAUAUCAUGCUUUUUUUUUAGAGUUUCAAAUUUGUAUUUUUUUUUUUGCAGUUAGAAUAUGCUAUAUAAUUUGUUUUGUUCAAGUGCAUAAUCAAUUAGUUUCAUUUUAAGUCCAUUGGCAUGUACAGAUGAACUUUUUAUAAAUAUAGGGAUUUCAUAUAGACUCAGUCAAAAUAAAUGUGAUUGAAGUGUAUUAUUAGAUAAUGUUAUUUAUUGUAUGUAGUAAUUUAGGAAAGAAAUUGUUUUAUUUUGUACAGAACGGAUGUGAAUAGGUUGUUAUUUUAGGAAUCGAUAUAAAUUUGGCCAUGUAAAUGAGGGUGUACAUUUUAAACAAGAAUUAGAUGUAAAUAGACAAUCGUUGCCUUUGUGGGUUGUUCAACGUUUGCAGUGUUGUAAAGUAAUAAAGAAAAAAAAAUAUAUGGUUGUAAAAAUGGAAUUUAUUAGAAAUUUGUUUUAAUUUCAUUGAAGAGAUUGAUGUGUAAAUAUGUUUAUAUGUUAAAUGCAUUCAUAAAAACUAAA